AACACACCCACCCAGCUUUAAACAGCAAAAGCACUAGUUCGCCAGCGGUGUCGGGUGGUGCAGCUUCUGGGCAAAAGCAAAAGAAAAUAUCUGCACCUGCUGAAACGUCUCUGUAUUUUAUUAUUUUAGAGCUUUAUACGUGUAUAGUUUGUUAUAUAUUCCUUAUGCGUUCUGGUUUCGUGGUUGGGAUGGGUGGAUCUUUUUUCUGCUAUUAAAGCAGCCAACGCGUUCAGAUUUAGCUCUCAUCGCUUCUCCGUGUAGCUCAGUGAUUUCUGAUUUUGGUAUGUUUUGUACAAUAUUUCCGUGGACUUUCGACAGGACGGCGGCGUCUUCGCGUCGCCUUGUACAUCCAUCUGACCUAUAUGAAGAAUAAGCCGUUUUCUUAACAUAUGCUUUCUUCUCAACUGCGGCUUGGACAAAUGCCUUUGGAGUGUUCAGGCGAAAUGAGAAGGUCUCUUCAGCACUGCAGUAUACAGGUUUUGAAGAUGGAGCGCAGCUAUCAAGACCAAGAGAAUACAUUUUAUGGAUAUUUUUUCUAAAAUAUAUAUAAUUCAUCCUCAGUGCCAGUUAUCCUGUGCAUUUAAUUCGGCGUUGAGCAAAAAUAUAAGCAUUAAGUUAUUUAGGUCAGGAGUUCGUGGUGAAUCUUCCCCGGCGUUGCAUUGAUAUAGCCUUGUAUCAUACCUGACAACAUAUAUUUUUUUCCAAAGCAAAAAUAAUAACACAGCCUCUCGCUUUACAUGGAUUUCUAAAUUAUGUGACGGAUUAUUCUGGAGUCGAACGCUAGUACCUUUAUCCAGCCUUGCAAAUGAAGACAGCGAACGUUUUAACUCGAAUUUUGAUAAAAUCGCAGCUAAUUAGAUAGGGCUUGUGAUGUAUUGAGCUUUCUUAUUUUCACCUCGAUUCGGGUUAAUCGGUACUUUCAUUUGCUGAGAGUGGUAACUAUGAAGAUGAUCCUGUUUCGCAAAUUCCGAGUGUUGAUCCUCAUGGUGUUCCUGAUAGCGUGCACCAUGCACAUCAUGAUUGACUUGUUACCAAAGUUGGAGAGACGAGCAGCCGGACCCAGCGCCGGCAACAGCGCCUGCUCAUGCUCCCACAGACCGAGCGAAGAACCGCAGAGUUGGGGUAAGCAGCGGCUUAGACCGGGAGCCGAAUCGGGCUGGCCUAAUAAACAUACUUUAAGGAUACUGCAAGAUUUCAGUAACGAGCCCAGUUCCAAUCUUACCUCGCAUUCCUUAGAAAAGAUCACGGGGCCCGGGGAUAAAACUGAGACUUUUAAAAGACUGGAGCAAUACGCACGAAACGAAGAGAGCAAGAAGCACUUCAUCCAGAACACGGGAGCCGAGAGUGAACCUGUCCAGGGCUCCUCUAGACUGUCGUCCCUCUUUGAGCAACCUUUGUACAAGAUCCCCCUGCCGCCACUGACAGACGAAGACACGUUGUUUAACGUCAAUACAGACAUCAGAUUCAACCCGAAAGCUGCGGAGGACCAAGAAUGGCAGAAUGAAGGGCACAAAGAAGAAUUUAGCCCCACUGGGGAAUCCUCUGUAGACACUUAUCCAAACUGGCUGAGAUUCCACAUUGGAAUUAAUCGGUAUGAACUGUAUGCUAGACAUAGCCCAGUCAUGGAUGCUCUGCUGAAUGAUCUGGUCACUCAAAGAAUCACCAGUGUCGCCAUGAAGUCUGGAGGCACCCAGCUGAAGCUCAUCAUGACUUUCCAGAAUUAUGGCCAGGCCCUGUUCAAGCCCAUGAAGCAGACCCGGGAGCAGGAGACCCCGCCCGACUUCUUCUACUUCUCCGACUUCGAGAGGCACAACGCUGAGAUCGCGGCCUUUCAUCUGGACAGGAUCCUGGACUUCCGUCGAGUCCCUCCAGUGGCCGGGCGGCUGGUCAACAUGACGAAAGAGAUCAGAGACGUGACCCGGGACAAGAAGCUGUGGAAAACCUUCUUCAUAUCGCCAGCCAACAACAUCUGUUUCUAUGGCGAGUGCUCUUACUACUGCUCCACGGAGCACGCUCUGUGCGGGAAGCCCGAUCAGAUCGAGGGCUCCCUGGCUGCCUUCUUGCCCGACCUGGCCCUGGCAAAGCGCAAGACCUGGAGGAACCCCUGGCGGCGAUCCUACCAUAAGCGAAAGAAAGCAGAAUGGGAGGUUGACCCAGAUUACUGCGAGGAGGUCAAGCAGACCCCGCCCUAUGAUAGCGGCACGCGCCUCCUGGACAUUAUGGACAUGACCAUCUUUGACUUUCUCAUGGGUAAUAUGGAUCGGCAUCACUAUGAGACGUUUGAGAAGUUUGGGAAUGACACGUUUAUCAUCCACUUGGAUAAUGGGAGAGGGUUUGGGAAAUACUCCCAUGACGAAGCCUCUAUUCUUGUGCCUUUAAGCCAAUGCUGCAGAGUGAAGAAAUCGACCCACCUUCGCCUCCAGCUGCUGGCCAGGGAGGAGUUCAAGCUGAGCACCCUGAUGGCUGAGUCCCUGCUGAGGGACCGGCUCACGCCCGUGCUCAUCCAGCCCCACCUAGAGGCCAUGGACCGCCGGCUGCGCCUGGUGCUCAAGGUGCUGUCCGACUGCAUCGAGAAGGAGGGCUACACGGCCGUGGUGGAGGACGACCUGGAGGGGGGGAGCACCCACACGGCCCCCCGGGACAGGUAGUAGGCCAGGGCCGGAGGGAGCUUUCCCCCUGCACUCCCAGAUCCCACCCCCCAGCCCUCCAAAGUCUUGCAAGAGACGCCCCUAUUUACGCAACUUUUUGAAUUCAGUGAAUUCCAAGACUCGUUUAUUCCUUCAUUUCUCUUGUAUGUGUGUUUGUAUAUAAGUGUGUGUAUAUAAGCUGAUACAAGCUUGUGUGCAAGUACAUGCAUAAGGGAGGUGAUAGACAUGGUCUUGUUAAAUAAAAUGGUUUUAUUGCUCAUAUCUGACAGCGCGUCAACAAGAACCAUUGUUGUCCCUUGUAUAAUUUUUUAAAAUUUUUCUUUUUAAUCCGAGGCACUGAUUGGAGUGCCGGUUUGCUCCAAUGUGUGUUUAUUUUGUCCUGCCAGCCUCAAUUGGCCUUAAAUUAUUUAUUGAGUUACUUAUUUUUUAUUUGUUGUGAACAUCCGAUUAAGUGCGCAAAAGGGAAUAAGACUGGUUCGGUUGAAGUGUAUUGGAUUGGAAUUUGGAUACAUAAAGAAGGGCAGGCUUAGCUCCUCGUCUCCACCGUGCGAUGCACAAGCUCGUGGGGGUGUGGCUGUCCGGGGAGCUGGUGCCCAGCCGCUCGCUUCGGUCAGAUCUGCUGAAAAGGCAGCAUGCGUGCAUGUUCUUAGGAACCUCUGCACAGCCAUAGCUAGAGGUCAUAUUUAUGGAGUUCCUUUUUUAUAUAUUUGGGUUUAAAAAUCAAAUUAUAUUUUUUUGUUGUUUGUUUAUGGUCAUUCAUUCAGUUUUUCAUGUUUACAUUAUUGCCUAAACAUGGAGCGGUGUAGACAUGACAAAUGCUGUUGUUUUACAACUAAGGGACGUAAAUCCUAAUAUUAAUUCUACCUAUAAACAGCGGACAUGGGCCAACUUUGUGUUUGACAUUUAAUAAACACUGUUCAGCCACACUCGUUAAACUUUGGGUUAUAAUCACAUGCUUUGUACUUCAGAGGCGUUCUGUAGACCUUAUGUUAGGUACUCUUCGUGCUGGGACUGUUCACAUAUAUCAAAGUGCUGCGUCCUUUCACUUUGCAAAAAGCUGCCAAACUCAGAAUUAUGUUCUAAUUAAGUUAUUGAUUUCCUAGGUACUGGGUUUUCCUUCUCAUGUCUACACAAGUGCAUCCAUACAUCUGUUUGUAUUAGAUGACGCUACUUCAAAAGCACAAGUGGCCAUAAUAUAAAUGACUGAGCCAAUUUCAUAUUUUGCUACCAGUAUAAUAACAUGCAUAUUAAUGAGUCAUAGUUUAUGAAUGUUUAUAGUGAACACUAUAAAGUCUAUAUCAGGGGUGGGCAAUCUUAUCCAGAAAGGGCCAGUGUGUGUGCGGGUUUUUGCUGCAACUCCCUAAUUAGGUCACUAAUUAGAGGACUGAUUGGCUGGGGAGUCCUCACACCUGGGUUUGAACAGCUGACCUAAAGGUUAUCCCAAAAACCUGCGUACACACCAGCCCUUUGUGGAUAACAUUGUCCACCCCUGGUCUAUAUAAUAUGCCAUAAGAGUCCAAGUUUAGACAAUUGAAAUUGAAAUCAGACUUAAGUUUUUUAUAAUUAGCUCAUUAAUUAGCUCGUCUAAUAUUUUCACCAGAUCGCUAAGUCCUUUCCUUAAACUGUCAAGCCUUUGUGGAAGAUAGUUAGUCUGAAAUGGUCUUGCCAAAGGGCAAAAGCUUCUGUUUCCUUGAUUAAAUCAAUUCCGAUAUUACAAGUUGUCUUUAGGAAUCAUAAAACGUUUCCUGUGCAUUUUAAAGUUGAACUUUGAUUCUCCAACCAGACUUGUGAUAAAAUUGAAAUGUAUUUCCUUAUUUAUCAGCACUCUGGUUUGUUUAUUUCUAUACAUUCCAGGAGAACUGGAGAACAAGUCAAGUUCUGUGAUGUGGUCUGAUUCUGCACUAAUCUUGUGUUUUUUUUGUGUGCGUGUGUUUGUGUGUGUGUGUAAAUUGGGGUACCAUGAUAAAAUUAAAUUAUGAGGUAAUAUAAUAAUCUGUUACUGAAAUACUCUUUUAGCUUCAGUUGCAAAACUUGGGUCUCUGACAUUGUUGCCUGAUAUUCUGUAUCGCUCUGUAUCAUUGUAUGUAUUCCAAACAACAUGUCAUGUCUGUCCUAUAAGCUUUUUGUAUGAAGCACUUUUUGACUCAUGACCAAAACUCCAGAGAUCCCAGGCCUCUAAGUCUGUAGAAGCCAUGGGAAUAGAACAGAAUGAUUAUGGCUUUCAGAUAUCGUACACUAUUGCAUCAAGCCUCCCCAUGGGCUUUCUGGUGGCUCAAGGACGACCUCCUUGAAUUGUGCAAUAGCAUGAAGUGUAUUGUAAAUAUUCCAUCUCACUGAAAAUUCAGCAGGAGCAUAGGAAUUUAAAUCCAAUUUAAAAUGGCAAGGGAGAACAGGCUCUAUUUAUGUAUAAUGUUUUCUUUUCCAUUCGAAAAACUUCUGGUCGAUAUCGGAGCACAGCAAAAUGCACAAUUGAAACCAAUUUGCACACACUGACCGCGGGUUAGCAGGGUGGCAAAAGGCCUCUGCACUGGGUGAAGAAUCAUGUCUUUACAAAAUUGAACAGUAACUCUCAUUGUGGCUGCUGUCAAAAUACAUGUCCUGACUUCAGACUGUGCAGUAAGCAUUUAUUACUGUAAAUAGAUGAAAUGCUGCAUUAUUAAUUGCAUCUUGAACAUACAUUUUAAUGCUAGCAUAAUUAUCCAUUAGGAGAAAAUCCUUUUGUACACAGUGCCUAAUGUAUAAAGACUUAAGUGUUACUUCCUUUUGUCCUUGUGUGAGGUUGUGUUCGUCUGAAGAAAUAUACACAAUGAUCACAGUGGCAAUGUAGUGAAAAGACAAUAUUUUAAAACCAUAACUUGUAUGGUAGGUUGACCGACUGUUCCUAAGAAAAGCAGCGUCCCAGUAGUGCUAGAAACGUGAGGGGUUUUCGCUGUAUCACAACUCAUAUACCAAGACAUAUCUUCCUUGGUUAAGAGGAGACGAUUUAUAAAGAAAUGCAUAGCCUCCAUAGACUAAUAAUGGUUUACCUUUAGUUUUUGUUUUGCUGUUUUAUUUUCUGAAGUCUAAGUUAGAAAAUUAAAUGACGCUUAAAUAAACAAGAAGAAUUGUUUU